AUGCAUACAGAAAGAAGAGCAGAUGCAGGUUUGCGCAAGAAAGUCUCGAGCCUCGAGAAGGCACUGAAACCGUAUCAGAAGGAAAAUAUCAAGCUUCGAUCGGAGGUUGAUUCCUUGAGAAAAGAGAACGACAAUUACAAAGUCGCCCUCGAGCAAGUGAAACCUGUAGAGGUGAAGGUAUCAAUGAAUAUUCCCGAAUCGUCAAAUGUCUCUGAGAAAAAGUCAUUGCUUGAAAAAUCUCGUGAACGCGAUAAAGU